AUGGACGAGUACGUUGGUCUCCCUCGAGAUCAUCCACAGAGCUACCACAGCUUUAUGUAUAAGCAUUUCUUUUCACACGUUGAUAUCCAGCCAUGCAAUAUCAACAUUCCAAAUGGAAAUGCAGCUGAUCUCGCUGAGGAGUGUGCUAAAUACGAAGAGAAGAUUGCUGCCGUUGGGGGUAUCGAUUUGUUCUUAGGCGGGGUUGGGCCAGACGGCCACAUUGCCUUCAACGAACCUGGAUCCAGCUUGAACUCCCGAACUCGGGUAAAAUCUUUAGCCUAUGACACUCUUCUCGCCAACUCACGGUUUUUCGAUAACGACAUCGCCAAGGUUCCACCCACAGCUCUAACUGUGGGUAUCAAAACCAUCAUGGAUGCCCAUGAGGUUGUCAUCGUUGUGACUGGAGUCCACAAGGCAAAGGCGUUACAGAAGAGCUUAGAGGGGCCUGUCAAUCAUAUGUGGACAAUGUCUGCUCUGCAACUUCACCAACAUCCUUUGAUUGUUGUGGAUGAGGACGCAACUUUGGAACUCAGAGUCAAGACCGUAAAAUAUUUUGAAACAAUUGAGAAAUCUGGUACCGAUGCGCGCACUCAAGGUCCCCCCCUUGUUCACCGCAGCAAACCAUACUACAGACCCAUCACGCCUAGCUCUGGUUUCAGUACCCCCGGCCGCCCUAACCUGGACCUAAAAAUCGACACCGGGUUUUGUCGUCCUAUCCCCCAGGACCCGGACGAACUCACGCCUGAUAGCAUGUCAUCUCGAAUGGCAGAUUCUGCAGUUGCAGGCCUUAAUGGGAUGUUGCUGAGUAGCGAAGUUUUUUUUGACCGAAUGGCAUCCAGAAUGACCUCCAGACCGAAAAAUAAGAAUGGGGUAUCAGUGGGGAACAAAAAGGAAAAGGAAAAACAGAAAGGUUGUGAGGAUGGUCAGAAGUGGUAA